AUGGACACCAUCCGAAAAAGAACCAAGGCUGCUUGGACGGCUCCAAAGAAUGCCGUUCGAGUGGAGCCAAAGACGUACUUUGCCAAUGAACGUACUUUUAUCCAGUGGGUGAGCGCUGCACUGUUCUUGGUAACUACUUCGGCACUCUUGCUCGAGUUUGAAAAUGGAGAAGGCUAUGCCAAGUCCACUGCCAUCACUCUGUUGGUAUUUGCCUUGAUCAUUGCUGUGUAUUCACUUGGGCUCUACUAUUUGCGCAUUUGGCUCAUGAAGCAUGGACGUCCCUAUGGAUACACAAGCCAUUUUGGGCCCAUUGUGUUGUCUGGUGCAGCCAUUGCUGGAACAUGGAUCAUUCUCAGCAAACUCCGACAACUGGAACUUGCUGAUUUGGCAGCACGGAAUAAUGGAGACGCCGAGCCGGAAGUGCUGGCCUUUCGACCCGAGGCCGGGGUAUGCAUGGAACAUGAUGUGAGCUCCUUUUCUCCUCUUGAGUUUGAACCUAGCGAUGCUUUGAUCGAUGAAGAACGCAACUUGCUGUUGGUUCCGACUCUUUCCGAGAUCUACGGCUUUCCGCUACCUGAAUGGAACAACCAAGGUCAACUGGCUAUUCCAGAGGGUUCUUCCGCCACGGUUGUGGCUCGGGUAGAACGGGGUGACUUCGAAUCGGCUACUUUUGUGGACGCUAAUACCUUGUAUGCUGUUUCUGAGGUGGCAACUGCAACACCGGACAUGGCUGCGGUCGUGUACUCGUUUCAGCGUAAUCUGCUGGGAAACUUUGAGAUUUCCGGGCAAUGGAAGCUGGCCACUCCAGAACCGGAAGGGAUGGCCUUUGUUCAACAAGGAGGCACCUCUUCACUCUACAUUUCUGGACUCCAAGGGACGACUAAUGCACCCAGUGCCACUAUCCAAAAAUUCUCAGUGCCAGAACCAAACGGAUUGACCCAGGCCGUCCAGGGUUCCAGGCCAGCUCUACGAGCAUCUCGUCUCCUCAACACAAAGCUAUUGGACGAGGAUAUGGAGGAUCCAAAGAUUGGAGCCAUGCACUACUUUGAAGGUAUUCUAUACGUUCUUCAUGACAACGCCCGAGUUGUCCGAGCUUGGGACAUUGCAACCGGUACUUUCCAAGCCGAGUGGCAACUACCAAACGUUCCCAACAGCAAUGGCAUGCAGUGGGAAGGCAUGUCCUUGCAGCGGGUUCAGCGCUCUUCAUCUGCUGCUCUUCGCGGAUCGGAUGGGGACAGCAUCCUUCUCCUGCAUCUCACUCACGACACUCCAGCGGCGAUUUGGAGUAUUGUUGUCGAGGAAGGCAGUGUCCGAGGAAGUAUUGUCUUUCCGGAAUGUGCAGGCGUAGCAGUGUUGGAAUAG